AUGAAGUACCUCCUACUCACCCUGGGCCUGGCCCUCGUCUGUGGUAUUAAGGCCGUGGACAUCGCCCAAACCAGGAAAGACCUGGACAUCAUGAAGCUGACAGGGACCUGGCACUCCAUGGUGAUGGCAGCCAGUGACCUGACCCUCCUGGAGACAGAAAAAGCCCCUCUGAGAGUGUACAUCAAGGAGAUGUGGCCCACACCCGAGAACAACCUGAAGAUCAACCUGCUUAAGAGGGUCAAUGGUUCAUGUGUGGAGAUGACCGUCAUUGCCCAGAAGACCGAGGACCCUGCUGUGUUCAUUGUCAACUACCAGGGUGAGAUGAAGGUCUCAGUGCUGGACACAGACUACGAUCACUAUCUGUUCUUCUGUGUGGAGACUCCCAUGGCCACCGAGGAGCCUAGAAAGGUGUGCCAGUACCUGGCCAGGACCCUGAGUGCCGACACUAAGAUUGUGGAAAAAUUUGAUGAGGCCCUCAAAACCCUGCCUAUGCAUGCCCAGAUCGUCCUGGACUUCUCUCAGGGCAAAGGUGAGACCCUGCUGUGA